ACAGCCGGGUCACGUGCGUGGAGGGUCAUGUGUCGGGUCACGUGGUGCGGUGAUGAUGGCGGCGGUGUGGACGUUGUUCGCGUUGAUGGCGGCGGCCGACGGCGGGACCGCGCCCAACCUCCUCCUCCUCCUCAUGGACGACAUGGGAUGGGGUGACCUCGGUGUUUUUGGAGAACCUUCCAGAGAGACUCCCAACCUGGACCGAAUGGCUGCAGAAGGAAUGUUGUUCACAAACUUCUACGCUGCCAACCCACUCUGCUCCCCGUCCCGGGCGGCUCUGCUAACCGGCCGGCUACCCGUCAGGAACGGGUUCUAUACCACCAACGCCCAUGCCCGCAACGGGUACACUCCGCAGGAGAUCGUAGGUGGAAUUCCUGAUUCUGAGAUUCUGCUGCCAGAGCUCCUGCGGAAGGCAGGAUAUUCCAGCAAGAUCAUUGGGAAAUGGCACCUGGGACAGCGCGCCCAGUUCCACCCGCUGAGGCACGGCUUUGAUGAAUGGUUCGGAGCCCCGAACUGUCACUUUGGGCCGUACAACAACAGGGACAGACCCAACAUUCCCGUCUACAACAACUCUGAGAUGGUGGGCAGGUACUACGAGGAGUUUCCAAUCAACGUGAAGACGGGGGAAUCAAACCUCACCCAGAUCUACCUGCAGGAGGGGCUGGAGUUUAUCCGCAGACAGGCCGCAGAACGCAGGAGCUUCUUGCUGUACUGGGCAGUUGAUGGCACGCACGCUCCCGUCUAUGCAUCAAAGGCCUACCUGGGAACAAGCAGGAGAGGCUUGUACGGAGAUGCUGUGCGGGAGAUGGACGAGAGUGUGGGCACCAUCCUGCGGGAGCUGCAGAAACAGGGCAUCGCCAACAACACCCUCGUGUUCUUCACCUCCGACAACGGUGCCGCCCUCAACUCUGCCCCCAAACAAGGGGGCAGCAACGGCCCGUUCCUGUGUGGGAAGGAGACCACGUUCGAGGGGGGCAUGAGGGAGCCCGCCAUCGCCUGGUGGCCCGGGCACAUUCCUGCUGGCCAGGUGAGUGAGCAGCUGGGCACACUGAUGGACCUGUUCACCACCAGCCUGGCCCUAGCCGGGCUACAGCCCCCCACUGACCGGCAGCUGGAUGGCAUCGACCUCUCCCCCGUCAUCCUGCAGAAUAAGCUCAUUGACAGGCCGGUGUUUUAUUACCGGGGCAAUGAGCUGAUGGCAGUACGGGCUGGACUCUACAAGGCACAUUACUGGACCUGGAGCAACUCAUGGGAGGAACUGGCACGGAAUGACUUCUGCCCGGGACAGAACGUGACGGGUGUAACCACACAUGACCAGCACGACCACUCCAUCCAGCCCAUGCUCUUCCACCUUGGCCGUGACCCCGGGGAGGAAGUACCCCAUCAGGUGGGUUUCGCGAGCCGUGAGUAUGCGGUUGCUGCCCAGACCUUCUCUGCUGUGGUGCAGCGUCACCGUGCCUCCCUGGUGCCGGGGGAACCACAGCUCAACGUGUGUGACCGAGCCGUCAUGAACUGGAGUCCUCCGGGCUGUGAGAAGUUGGGCAAGUGUCUGAACAUCCCCCCGUCCAGCCCAUGGAAGUGUGACUGGCCGCACUAACGCCCCCGUCUGGAGCCGCGGGGAGAGAGCGGGGUGCUGCCCCUCCCCGACCCUGUCCCCAGAGGUGAUGGGGGGGUCACGGCCAGGUGUGGGGUUCAUGGGACACGGCAGGAGGCAUCGGCUGUUGGGGGGCGGAUUG